AUGUCUGACGCCGACCUGCGUAUUUUGGCCAUCGACCCCAGGAUGCCCGGCUCAACCCACGACUCAUAUGUGUGGAGGCGUUCGUGGGUGCGCCAGGAGUGGGUCGCUGGCCAUCUUGUCAGGCACAAUGAGUACCUGCUUGGAGACAGUGGGUACCCCCUGGAGCCCUGGCUGAAAACUCCUGUGCCUGUGCGGCCAGCACUUGGCACAACGGCUCGGCAAUACAAUCAGGCUCACGCCUCCAUGAGGGCAGUCGUGGAGCGCUGCACCGGGCUGCUGAAGAGCAGGUUCCGGUGCUUGCACAGGCACCGAACCCUUUAUCAUCAUCCGAAGAUCGCCGCCACGAUCGUGGCAGCCUGUGCGGUGCUCCACAAUGUCUGCCUCUGCUCAGGAGAGGCUGAGCCAGAGCCCCAGUCAGACUCAGACAGCAGUUCUGACGAGGACGAUGACGAAGAAGAAAGCGCCGACGCGCUCGCCUACUAA